CACGCCUAGAGAGAGAAAACCAAGGGGAAAAGCAGGAGAUGGUCAUUGCCUUGGCAGAGAGGCGAGCGAGGAGCGAACUGGGAGAGCGAGAAAAAGAAGAGCGGCCGGUAGCUGUAGGUCUGAUCGGCAGGCGGCAGGCCUCGUCGUCGGUCACUUGUGGUGUGGCAGCGCCGGCUCCGGUGGCCGCAGGACAGGACCAGCCGCUGUGAGCAACUGGGCCUUGAUCUUGGAACAAAGAGGGCGGCAGAAUCGCGCCGUUUGGAGGAACAAGCAGUGAAGCAGGAUGGAAGAAGAGCCGAAUCGGAGGAGGCUGUAUCAAGUUUGGAGAGGAAGCAAUAAAUUUCUCUGCGGCGGGCGCCUAAUCUUCGGUCCGGACGCGGGUUCCCUCUUCCUGUCCACAGUUCUAAUCAUAGGCCCCUUGGUCGGCCUAUGCUGCCAGUGCAUCACAAAGAUGAACUCCAGCACCUCGGAUCAGAAGAAGAAUGUCCUCGGCCUGCCGGUCCUCAUCGCCACGGUCGUUCUCGGCCUAGCGGAUUUGGCAUUCCUGCUCUUGACGUCGAGCAGGGACCCGGGGAUCGUGCCGAGGAACGCGCGUCCUCCCGAGUGCGGCGACGAGCAGCAGGUGGUGGACAUGACGACGCCGUCGACCGAGUGGGUGAACGCGGCGAGCCCCCACCUCCGUGUUCCCCGCUCCAAGGACGUGGUCGUCAACGGGUGCGUGGUCAAGGUGAAGUACUGCGACACGUGCCUGCUGUACCGCCCGCCCCGGACGUCCCACUGCUCCAUCUGCAACAACUGCGUCCAGAAGUUCGACCACCACUGCCCCUGGGUCGGCCAGUGCAUCGGCCUGCGGAACUACCGCUUCUUCUUCCUCUUCAUCUCCACGUCCACGCUCCUCUGCUUUUACGUCUUCGCCCUGUCGUGGCUCAACAUCGCCGCCGAGAGGGAGGAGUACGGCGGCUCACUCCUGAAAUCCAUGGGCGGCGAGGUGCUAUCCGUCGUGCUCAUCGUCUACACCUUCGUGUCGGUGUGGUUCGUCGGCGGGCUCACCUUGUUCCACCUCUACCUCAUGAGCACCAACCAGACCACGUACGAGAACUUCAGGUACAGGUACGACAAAAAGGAGAAUCCCUACAACAGGGGCGCGCUAGCCAACAUCGCCGAGGUCUUCUGUACGCGGAUGCCGCCCUCGCUCAACCGUUUCCGGUCGUGGGUGUCGGAGGACGACGACGCGUACAGCGGCGGCGUGCUCUCUCCGAUCAGCGGCGGGCUCGAUCUGGAGAUGGGGCGCAAGGGCGUGCACUACAGCCCCGGCGGCAUCCCGGCGAUCCUUCAGGGCAUGGAUUACAGCGAGAUGGAGAAGAUGGACGGUAUGGGUGUGCACGUCAAGGAUCGGCAAGCGGCGCCCGAGGCGCCGGACCUGUUCGUUAUCUCACCGGCCCGGCAGCACGACGUGGGCUGCGGAGGAGGAGGAGGGGAAGGAGAACGUAGCCCCGCAACUGUACAGGACCAAGAUGCUGAGAGGACACUUGUGAGCUCGAAUGCAAAUUCUCAACGGUGAUCAUGCGCGAGCUCUUUUUCUUUUCCCUUUUUGGCGGUCAGGCCUACGUCCUGCAAUUUUCCUUUCUUUUUUGCCUCGACUGAACUGUAAAUUUUAUACGGGCAAGCAGCAGAGUUGCACUCGAAAGGGUCCGUAAUUUC